AUGAACUAUCAUGAAGUGACAAUUAUAAUUAAAAACUCACUGAACAACUCAUUAAGGAAAUUAGGAAGUUAUUGCGUUUUGUCUAUCAGAGAAACCGAGACUAGAAGGUUUGCGGCUGUGUGUAAAUUAAUAAGCAUAUUGAUAAAACAUUUGAAAGCACAAAAUCAAAUAACAACCAUUCGUGAUAUAUAUUACCAAGAUGUGGAAGUUUUCAACCAUUGUCAAAAUGAAUGUAGAUUUCUUUUAGGUCAGCUUGUGGAACGCGGGUUAGGAUGGUCAUUAUGUGACGACCUAAAUAUUCAUCCAACUCAGAAAGGAUUAGUAUAUGGUGACUAUUUCCAAGAAUUAAGUAUUAAAGCUGAACCAAUUUUGAUACCGAUUAAUUACACUAAAUUUUUUAAUACAAAAAUCACACAAAUAAAAGUUGAAAAAGUAAUUGUUGUCAUAUUAGAGAAAGAUGCCGUAUUUCAAUGUCUUUGCACCCAUUUAAGACAACACAACAUAAUAAAUCGAUUCUUAAUAGUCACCGCAAAAGGGUAUUCCGAUAACUUGACCCUUCGAUUUCUUACAUGGUUGCAAACCAAUGAAAACUGCAAAUUCAUUGGAUUUUUCGAUUCAGAUGUUUACGGACUUAACAUUUAUUGGCAAUACAAUCAGAAACUCCCGGAGAUGGUAUAUUCUGGUAUCUACUUGCUUGAAUCGCAGCCCCAUACAUGGUUAAGCAUAACCUUGCGCGAUAUCGCUAUGAUGAUAAAAAUCUGUAAAAAUGGCAACAACAAAUACAAUGAUAUACCAUAUCGUGAACUCACAAGAGGAUUAUAUUUAUUUAAGAAGGCAGAAAUGAAUGUGGUUCAAGCUAAUAACGCCAACCAAUCUUAUGUGAACUAUAUGGUCUCAAAAAUUCUUGGAACGCCUAGCUAUACGAAAUAA